UUUGAUUCCGAGCCCUAAUACAUACCCGUUUUGGUAAAUGGAAGUUUGUUUUGAGUAACGUAACCUCAAACUGACUUGCGCAUGUCAUUUAAGCAAGGAGUCAGUUACGAUAUAUGCGCUAGUGUCUUUAUCUAUGAUCGGCGACAGCGACAUUGACAACUGUUAUGAUUGGUGUUGAUGAAGAGGAAAAUAUCGUUUUUUUGCCAUAAAUCGUACGAAAGACACCAUGUAUUAACAGCCUAAAACAUAAGUGUGAACUGUGAUGUCCAAACUUAAAACCCGACCAGUCCUAACGGCAUGAUUGGAAGACCAAUUUUACUAACCAGUCUGAAAAUUACUCAAUGGGAUGAAUGAAGAGGAUCUUCUGAAAAGUUACGCAAUAUCCAGAUCUGCUGAAGAGCGCGACAAGAUAUUCAAGCGAUAUGAACAGGGUCGCGAAGGAGCCGAAAUCGACCCUUGGGAAGAUCCAGGAUUUGAAGUGUAUCACGCUACGGACAGAUAUGGAUUCAUUCACGACAAACGUUUACCAUCCAAAGUGGAUCCGCAAGAAGCCCGCAAGUUGCAGAUCGAGGUAGAGCGGCAGAAGAAAUGGCUGAAGAUGUUGAAGAACUGGGACGCGCAACAAUCAAAAGAAAAGCUUCACUCUAGGGUUUACAAGGGCAUCCCAAACUCGCUGCGAAGCGAAGCGUGGUGUAAACUGUUGCAGAUCGACAAACUAAAGAAGAGCAAUAAGGGCAAGUACCAGGAAAUGAUGAUAUUAGCCCGGAAGUAUUCAACUGAUGCCCGGCAAAUAGAUUCAGACGUCAAUAGGCAGUUUAGGGAGCAUCUGCACUAUCGCGAGCGCUACAGCAUCAAGCAGCAGAUGCUUUUUAAUGUCCUUACGGCCUAUGCUAUGUACAAUUCAGAAGUGGGAUAUUGUCAAGGCAUGUCCGGCCUGGCAGGAGUGCUGCUUAUGUACAUGGAUGAAGAAGAUGCUUUUUGGGCUGUACAUAUUCUUCUCACUGAUCCCAAAUACGCCAUGCACGGCCUCUAUAAAGAAGGUUUUCCCAAACUCACCCGAUUUCUUGCGCAUCACGACAAAAUCUUAACGAAACUACUGCCUAAGGUCAAAAAGCACUUCGACAAGCACGGCUUGGACACCAUUCUCUACUCUUUGAAAUGGUUUUUUGUGUGCUUCAUUGAGCGAGUUCCCUUCAGCCUUUGCCUCCGAGUGUGGGACAUCUACUUGUUUGAGGGCGAAAGAGUAGUCACGGCAAUGGCUUACACCAUUCUCAAGAUGCAUAAGAGAAGCCUAUUGAAGUUUAGUGAUAUGGAUACCAUUGUAAAUUUUAUUCAGGUUAAGCUGUACAAAGAUUUUCUGUUCGACGACGAUACAGUGAUACGUGAACUAGAACACUCCAUGGAGCUGCUGAAGAAGAGCAAACUGGAUCACCCGGGUCCUCCUCAUAUCGAGGAGCUGCCUCAACGGCCGUUCGGGGUGUUUUCGGAGCCGAGUUUUGAAGAAAUCGUGGGCAUCAGAAAAGACAAGUUUAGUGAUAAGGAAAAGCAAACACAAGAGAUCGUAACGUUGACAAGCGACAUGGCUCGGGAGUCUGCCGAGAAGGACGAUGAAAAGGAGAGUCACCUGUCUGUGGGCGAUUCCGUGGGUUACACAGGCUCGAAAUUCUCCUUCGAUCCUUCAAUGGACGACGCCAGCUCCCUAUUGGACUGCGAUCACGGCGGAUCCAGACGUUCAUUGGCCGACACUAGUGUAACAUCAACAGCCGACCUAUCAGUGUUCUCGACUGUGACGCGGUCUCAAGCUCAUGAGAACAGUUUGGACACUCACAGCAAUAUGAGCGACAAUUCACUGGGAGGCGCUAGUUCAGUUGGAUCAGGAAUGCAAAAGCCGAUUACUAGCGCCCAGUCAACCCCCCGGGCGACGCCCCAUAAUCCCAGCCCGGAUGUGUUGCGCAUUUAUGUGCCCUACUCACCCCUGGAUACGCCCAUUCCUAGUCCCCACAAUGGAGAUGUGCCAAGAAUGCACCCCUGCUCUUUUCCAGAGAUGAACAAAAUCCGGAUCAGGAUCGACAACGACGAACUGGCCACCCCAUUGGUGGAACAUGGCCGGAUUAAGCAAUUUCUUCUGGAGGCCCCGGAAUUUGACAUGCAGUAGUAGCCAGAGAGUGAUUUUUGUUUUCGUUUUGCCGAUUUUCUUUCGAGAUAUUUCAGCUCUAAUCACGGUCGCUCAAUCAUUCAAGGACUUGAGUUUUUUGUUGUAAAUAAUUGAAGUCGCUUUGCAACUUUCGAAUCUCCAUUUCUUUUCUGAUCUGAAUCUUUCAUUAGUUGUCUUGUUUGGUAGGCUUUAUUCUUAAAAUCAUUGUCCUGAAUACCGUGAGUGUCAGUCAGUGCCUUUUCAGCAGAAGCGGAUUAAGAAGUGAGGGCAUGCGUUGUUUAUUUUUCUCAAUGUGCAUUUGUAUAGUGUGCCAUUUUAUUUUCUACUUGUAAAGUUGUAUUUAUUUUUUAAUUAUUUAUGGUGAGCGGUUGAUACGUUACCAAUUGAUACCCGUCGAAAACUUGCUAAUUUAGAGCAAGCUUUAGUAGCAGUUGUAGGCUUCAAAGUUGAACUCUGAAUUUGAUUUAAACUUCACAACUCCCAUGGAAAUAGGGUUAUUUUGUGAUAUAUGUAUUUGCGCGUGUUUUAUUAUGUAAUGUCCCAUUUACUACCAAUUCUCAUUUUAUCUAACGAAAUCUAGAUCGGAUUCCUAUAUGGGCUGUAGCUGAACUCUGGCGCUCAGAGGCAAACAUGGUUACUUUGCAUUUGAAAGCUUUGCACAAAGUGUAAGUAAUGGUAUUUAUAGUCAGUCGAUUUUUUAAGUUUUUGAAGCCUCAAAAGUCAUGAAAAGUGCAAAGAUGAAGCGCAAAGUAAAAUCGAGUAACAUGAUAGAAUAAACGGAACUUCUACUUACGGGGAAUCCUCCAAACAGCUCUUAUGGAAGUUUUCUUAAAGUUCACCGCAAUUUUCUAUAAAUUUGAACGUUGAAUGCUUGUGGAAACUAGGCAAAACUAGGUAACUAACACCGGAUGUUGAGUCAAGUUGCGUACAACAGAUGUUUGUAUGGACGAAUUCACCUGUUGCCAUGGUUACGGCUGUGGCGCGUUGCUUGAGUGAUUAAGGCGCCCGGUUCUACCGUUUUCACUUGUAUGUGCGCCGAAGGGUUUUAAACUUGAUUAAUAUUCCGAAAUAAUAAUUGAAUUGAAUAAUUCCGAAAUUUCCCAUGUUUACUUCAUGGUGCCGGGCUUCGGGAGAACCCCCGCUAUAUUUAAUUUUAGUUUCUCACUCAUUCCCAUUUAGUUUUUAGCGAUUAGUCAAUAAGAUUUCCCUUCUGUAUAGUGUGAUACCUGCAAUAAUGGAUGUGUUGUAACUUUCGAAACAUGUUCACAAUAUAGCGGAUAAAGUUGUUAAAUUUCUUUCUGAAUAUUGAUAAUGAUGACAAUGUCUAAAUUUUGUAUAAUAAAAGUUAAUUUGCCGAA